CACGCAGGUGCGCCGGGGCGGUGCAUGCGAUGCGCCGCAUGGGGUCCAGCGCAGCGCCGGUCGCACGUCCGGCACUGGCGCCAUCCUCUGCGCAACGGGCGCACACGCCGCCGGCCCUUCAUAAGGCGCCCGCUCGCCGCUCACAGCUGCGCCCACCCCACCCAUUCGCCACCCUUCGUCCACCACCCGUUCACAAUGAAGGUCACGGUCGCCGUCUCCCUGCUCGCCGUGGCGCCGUUCGCGCUCGCGGCCCCCAGCUGGCCCUCGCCGCCGUCCGACGCCGCCGCCGAGCGCCGCUUCGCCGAGCAGCUCCUCGCGUCGCGCGCGCUGCAGGCGACGCCCGAGACGUUUGCCCAGCAGCCGUUCGACUACCUCGUCCUCGGCGGCGGCACCGCCGGCCUCGCCGUCGCGGCCCGCCUCUCCGAGCAGCGCGGCAAGCGCGUCGGCGUGCUCGAGGCCGGCCCGUCGCUGCUGCCCAACAAGAGCCCCGUCACCGACACGCCCGGCUUCUUCGGCGGCAACCUCGGCAGCGACAUCGACUACAAGUACGCCACCGUGGCGCAGGACAACGGCGUGCCGUCCGUCGGCUGGCCGCGCGGCCGCGUGCUCGGCGGCUCGUCGGCGCUCAACUUCCUCGUCUGGGACCGCGCCGCCGAGGCCGAGUACGACGCCUGGGAGGAGCUCGGCAACAAGGGCUGGAACUGGGACAACAUGUACCGCUACAUGAAGAAGGCAGAGCACUUCUUCGCCCCGUCGGCCGCCGACCAGCAGCGCCUGCACCUGCAGGCCAACCCCAGCGACUAUGGCCGCGCCGGCCCCGUGCAGGUCUCGUACCCGCGCUACAUCUCCGACGCCGUCACGCGCUGGAUCCCCGCCCUCGAGGCGCUCGGCAUCCGCAAGAACAACUCGCCGCUCGCCGGCGACAACCGCGGCGCGUCGGUGCAGCCCAGCAACAUCAACCCCAAGAACUCGACGCGCUCCUACUCGGCGCCGGCGUACUUUGCGCCCGCGUCGGGCCGUGAGAACCUCGUCGUGCUCACCGAGGCCGUCGUGCAGAAGAUCGAGUUUGGCAGCAGCAGCAGCAAGAAGCGCAAGGCCGACAUCACCGCCUCGGGCGUCACGUACACCGCCCGCGGCAAGACGUACAUGGCCAAGCUGAAGGGCGGGCCCAAGUCCGAGGUCAUCGUCUCGGGCGGCUCGGUCAACUCGCCGCAGAUCCUCGAGCUGAGCGGCAUCGGCUCCAAGGCCGUGCUCGACAAGAUCGGCGUGCCGCAGCUCGUCGAGCUGCCGGGCGUCGGCGAGAACAUGCAGGACCACACAUACUCGGCCGCCGCCUACGAGCUCAAGGCGGGCAGCGUCACGCUCGACAACCUGCGCAACGACCCCGCCUUCGCCGCCGACCAGCAGCAGAAGUACAACGCGGGCGAGGUGUCGAUCCUCGACGAGACGGUGCCGGCCAUCGGCUACCUGACGCUCACGCAGCUCGUCGGCGCGCAGAAGGCCGCGCAGCUCGUUGUCAAGGCCAAGGCGUACGUCGCCUCGGCGCAGACGCCGUACAAGGCCACGCUGCGCAAGCAGCUCGAGUUUCUCGAGAAGCACGCCGACACCAUCACGCAGAUGGAGGUGAUCAACGUCGACGGCUACUUCGCGGGCUCCGCCCCGCCGGCGGCUGGCAAGUCGUACACGACGUACCUGGCGGCGCAGCAGCACCUGCUCUCGCGCGGCUCGAUCCAUGCCGUCUCCAAGGACCCGAGCGUCUCGCCCGCCAUCAACGCCAACUACUUCACCGCCGAGUGGGACCUCGACGUGGCCACGGCGGGCACCGAGUACCUGCGCCGCAUCGCCGCCACGCAGCAGUACCAGGACAACUUCAUCGUCGCCGAGACGCUGCCGGGCGCCGGCCGCGACGUGCGCGACUACACCAAGAAGACGACGGUGACCGAGUACCACCCCAUCGCCACGUGCUCGAUGCUGCCGCGCUCGCAGGGCGGUGUCGUCGACGCGGCGCUGCGUGUGUACGGCACGCGCAACGUGCGUGUCGUCGACGCCUCGGUGAUCCCGCUGCACAUCUCGGCGCACAUCCAGGCGACGAUCUACGGCGUGGCCGAGGCCGGCGCCGCGAUCAUCGCCGGCGGCCUCUCGAGCCUGCGGUAGAGAGUGGCUCCGCAUACGGGCCUGCGUGCACGGCCAGCGCCGAGCCGCGCCUCUCUCUAUAGCUUAUCCCCGCGUUCCCGGACCCCCUUCCUGG